AUGAAGCCACCAUUACCAAGAAAAAAGUAGAUGAGUGGAGAUACUACACCAAUGAAAGAUUCAGCUUGCAUAACUAAAAAAGACCGAAUAAAAAUAGAUAGAAAUUGCGAAGUCUAAAAGGAAAAUAGAAUUAUGCUUUAAAAACUCUUAGAUAUAGACUUAAAAAAAUCAGAGCUUAACAAAAAAAUGAUAAAACCUGUAGUUUUUAAAAUCAGAAGUUUUUCAGCAGGAAAAAGGUAAUCAAAUCAUCCCUAAAUUAAACUCAAUGCUAAAUCGCAUGUGGAUGAGCUAAGGUAAAUUGGAGAUGAGAAUAAAAUCAUAUUGAGGAAGCUACAGGAUGUCAAAUCGUAGAUAAAUUUCAAGCAAAUUGAAAAAGAUCACAAAAAGAUGCAUAGUCUUUCACUUUAAAUGUCAAAGAAUGCUGGCAGAAUACCUAGACAUCCUUUCUUUUAACAUGAUAACCCUUGUACCACUUUUUACCGUGAAACAGUGAAUAAACCAAAUUAGCAAAAACUUAGAUUGAUGAAAGAUUACCGAAUGUUCUGUCAAAAUCUCUAUCAUGAGAAUGAUGUGAGAUAAAUAGAGUCUGCCCUAACACAAUUCGAUAGGUAUACUCAUUAACUCAGUCAGAAAAAGAAAAAACACAAGUAUAAACUUAAACAGAACUCUGUAAGCUAUAACUAACUAUCCUAAGAAGAAUUUAGCAGAUCUGGGUACUAGUUAAAUAUGUAUGACUCUCUGCCAAACCCUUAUAACCUGCCAGCAAGUUAUAAUUACAACACAAUUUCCUAUACCUAAUCUUAAAAUUUAAGAAAUGAAGGGCAUGAGUCUUCUGAAGUACAUAAUAAUUAAAAGGACUCAUUAAUGAAUAUAGAAUAAAACUAAAAUAUAUAGGAUAAUGGAUAAUCUAGGCAUAUUCAUGAUAUAAUUAAUCAUCCAGCAAAUACAAAGAAUCAAUAUUUGAUGACUAGCGCAGAUUAGCUUCAACCUUUAAAUAUUGGAAAUUCUCAAAUGAAUAAUUAAAAUUUUGCUACUCUUUGA